AUGAGAAGAAAUUGGAUAAUGGCCGACUUUUGAUGGCAUGUGCUCCUCCUGAUUGGAUCAUAUAUUCUCUGCCGACACUCGAGGAGUGCAUCACACAAUACAGCAACCUAGCAAUAUCCUAAGAUGGGAAGCACCUCCAUUCUCUCAUCAAUAGUAAGAAGGCUCGAAGGCAAGGUCGCCCUGAUCACCGGCGGCGCCAGCGGCAUCGGCGAGUGCACGGCCAAGCUGUUCGCCCAACAUGGGGCGCGAGUCGUGGUCGUGGACAUCCAGGACGACAAGGGCCACUCUCUCUGUGCCGACCUUGGUCCCGCCGUCGCCUCCUACGUCCACUGCGACGUCACCAUUGAGGCCGACGUCAAGCACGCCGUCGACACCGCCGUCUCCCUCCAUGGGAAGCUCGACAUCAUGUUCAACAACGCGGGCGUCGUCGACGAUUUGAGCAGUGGCUUCCUCAACUGCGAGAAGUCGGCCUUCGAGAAGGUGGUGGCCGUCAACGUGCUUGGCGCCUACCUGGGGACGAAGCACGCGGCGCGCGUCAUGGCGCCGGCGCGCGCAGGCAGCAUCGUGACGACAGCGAGCACGGCGUCGGUGAUGGGGGGGCUCGCGUCGCCGGCGUACACGUGCUCGAAGCACGCGGUGGUGGGGCUGAUGCGGUGUGCCGCGGCGGAGUUGGGGCCGUUUCGGGUGCGCGCGAACUGCGUGUCACCGCACGCAGUGGCGACGCCGAUGGCGAAGACGGCGUUGGGCUUCACCGACGAUGAGGAGCUGGAAAGGCUGGUGGAGGCGACGGCCAACCUCAAGGGCACGAUGCUGAAGGCGCAGGACCUGGCCGAGGCGGUGCUUUACUUGGGCAGCGAUGAGUCAAGGUACGUCAGCGGGCACAACCUUCUGGUCGACGGAGGGUUCACCGUGACCAAGAGGUGGUAGCCAUCCAGCGAUGCAGACAGCUUCUGCAAUUGCUUGCAAUAAGUGAUGAGGGAAAUGGAACUGUACCAAGCUCUUGAUGCUUGGCAUUCACCAAUUGGCAUCUUCCACGACCGUACCAGACUGCAAAACCAAUAAUAGUUCAUUGAAGCCUUCCAUAAACAAAGGUAGCUAUGACUCAGAAGAUUUAUAAUAUCCCACACUAGCAUUAAAAGACUGCAUCAAAUACAACAGCAGUCUUAAGCACAGCCA